AUGAUGGCCUCAGAACUAGACCUCUCUUCGGCUUUUAUACCAGCUUUGUAUAAACCAGCUUCAUUACUGCCCAUCGCAAGGCAUCGGCAGAGCUUGCUUUAUCUCGUCGAGAAUUACCCCGUCACAAUUGUUGUCGGACAAACCGGCAGUGGAAAAACAACGCAGCUGCCACAAUAUCUUGACCAAGCGGGAUGGUGUGCAGAUGGAAAGGCUAUCGCUGUGACUCAGCCUCGUCGGGUGGCUGCUACCACUGUUGCAGCUAGAGUGGCGGAAGAGAUGCGCUGCAAAUUGGGGGAAGAUGUGGGUUAUUCAAUUCGCUUCGAAGAUGUGACAUCAUCCUCUACAAGGAUUAAAUUCUUGACAGAUGGCAUGUUGCUAAGAGAGGCUCUUGUAGACCCUCUUCUUUCUCGGUAUUCAGUAAUCAUGGUCGAUGAGGCACAUGAAAGAUCGCUUAGUACCGAUAUCCUGCUUGGGAUUCUCAAGAAAAUCAUGAAAAGGCGCCCCGAACUACGAAUCGUGGUCAGUAGUGCAACUUUGCAGGCUGAAGACUUUUUGAGGUUCUUCACUGGUGAUCACUUCAAUGGCGAGGGAAACCCAGAUGAUUUGGGCGGGAGCAUUGGCAAGAUCAUUAGUCUUGAGGGGCGAAUGUAUCCCGUCGACAUUCUGUAUCUCGAAAAUCCGGCAGAGGACUACCUUGAACGAGCCGUCAAAACUGUGUUUGAUAUACAUUUGCAAGAAGCAGAGGGUGACAUCCUUGUGUUCUUGACUGGUCGGGAGGAGAUUGAGACCACAAUUCAACUGAUCUCGGAGCGCGCUGCUACACUCCAUCCCAAGGCACCCUCUCUGCUACCGCUCCCUCUUUAUGCCGGUCUCACAACAGAACAGCAGAUGUACGUCUUUGAACCGGCACCUGAGAAUACGCGAAAGGUUAUUGUAUCAACCAACAUUGCUGAAGCUUCCGUCACAAUCAAUGGCAUUGUAUACGUUGUUGAUUGCGGAUAUGCCAAGCUUAGAGCUUACAAUCCGAGCACAGGCAUUGAGACAUUGACUGCAGUCCCGAUCUCCAAGGCAGCUGCUACUCAAAGAGCAGGCCGAGCCGGAAGAACAAAGCCCGGCAAGUGCUUCCGUCUCUGUACCCAGCAAGCUUUGGAGCAACUUCCAGAUGCUACCGUUCCAGAAAUCCAGCGGUCAAACCUGGCACCGGUGAUUAUGCAGCUCAAGGCCUUGGGCAUUGAUAACAUUGUCAGAUUUGAUUUCUUGACGCCGCCUCCUGCGAACUUGGUGAUCCGUGCCUUUGAGCUCCUAUACUCACUUGGGGCUGUUGAUGACUAUGCCAAACUUACAAAACCACUCGGAAUGCGCAUGGCAGAACUAGCGGUAGAUCCCAUGAUGGCAAAAGUCCUGCUUGCCGCACAAUCGUUUGGCUGCUUGAGUGAAAUUCUUUCCAUCGCAUCUAUGAUUAGUCUUCAGGGAUCUAUAUGGGUACAGCACGAUGGUGACAAAAAGUCGGCUGAGAGUAACCGCAGGAAGUUUGCCGUGGAAGAGGGUGAUCAUUUGACGUAUUUAAAUGUUUACCAAGCGUUCGUCACGAAAGGAAAGAAAGACUCCAAGUGGUGCCGGGAUAACCUCCUGAACUACCGGUCGAUGCAGCGAGCGGUUAGCAUUCGAGCUCAGCUAAAACGCUACCUUGAGCGUUUUGGAAUCCAAGCAGAUGAGACCCUGUUCAGUCGUUCUGGAUCUACCGACUUAGCUAAACCGGCCGAAAAAAUCCAGAGAUGCCUCACCACAGGAUACUUUGCGCAUGCUGCAAAAAUGCAGCCAGACGGAACCUUCAAAACGGUCAGCGGAGGGCUCACUUUGCACGCCCAUCCAAGUUCACUCAUGUUUAAUCGAAAAGCAGACUGGGUGAUCUUUCACGAGAUUUUGCAAACAGGCGACAAAACAUACAUUCGUGACAUAACCAAGAUUGAGAAGAGUUACCUGCUCGAAUAUGCUCCAGACUUCUACAAGGUUCACUGA